AUGUCGUUUCCCAUCGAUGCUGAAGGGACCAACCCUUUCAGCAUAAGCCCAGACAGAACCCCUUUAGUCCUGGAUGAGUCGACACGCAGCCUGUACAACCGCGCCAUAUCCAACCCCUCCUCAUUAACGGAUCAAGAACGCCGACUCAUCACCCACCGCAGCCCACCAGACGAGGAAGACACCCUCUGUCAAAAUGCCUGCGGCUUGUCCAUGGGCGAGCUAGUUACCAAAGCCAUCAAUAGCAGCAACAACGGCGGCCGUAUCCUGUCCGAGGUGGCGCGCCUUUCUCCUGAAGAUCGGGACCUUAAGGCUCGAGCUAUAGAAGCGGCGAGGACGGACGAUAUUCGGGCUGCUAGAAAGGUGGCGCAGACAGUUCAGCAGCGAUGGCGAGAGGUGGAGCUGGCGGCGGCCAAGGCGCUCAACGAUGAUGACACUAGGAAUAUUCGGUUUGCAAUGAAGGUUCCUUGGCAGGAGCAUGUAUUGCAAUCCGUUUCAGCCCCCGCGCGGCCUGGUGAAGCAGGUGGUCGCUUUGGUCUCGUGGUAUUCUUCCCGAAAGAAGAAGAGGAAGGAGGCCGCCUCCCAGAAUAUAAAUCCUUGAUCGGAACUGCUGUUUACCACGGACUACACUAUUCACCAACGCUGAUUAAAGACGAGACGAGAGACCGAUUCACAUUGCACUGGGCGGCUGUUCCAGGCAGUAAUAACAGCAUGGACCCGAGUGCCUUACGGAGCAGCUUCAGCACAAUGCUCUCAAAUGACCAGAUUCCUGCUGGCUUUCGAAGUGAUGUUUUUCUCUACGUGGAUGACGAGUCGUUCCGCUCGCGUGAAACGACACGGCCGUAUCUCUGGUUAGCUGAGCCUGAACCCCAGUCCGAGUCAAAGACAGAGCGAGAGCCAGAGCCAGGAAUUAAGACUGGAACCGGGACCGGAGUUGCAGCUGGAGCACAGCCCGAGGCUCUGCAACCCCUAAAAGUCGACAUCAAGCAUAUCGCCCCGACAUUGUUUGCGCGGUUAGUUCAGCGUGAUCUCCAGGGCGAGGCAAGAUGGAAGCCCUAUCGGCAUACCUCGGAGCUGACCAGGUUGCAUGCGGCCGCCAAUUCGAAAUAUAGAGAGGAAAAAGAUGGGAUUUGGCCGCCACCUGCUCGAUUGCAGUAG